AAUAAGUGUAUUCCACCUGGCCGAUAAAUAAUCCAUCCAUAAUUCAAUGCCCCUUUUUUACCCGGGCUAAUUCAGUAACCCAAGUACUCUGGGGACUGGGGGGUUCGCCACUGGAACAAAACUGUACGGACAAUUCCAAUCUCUCGUUUAACAUCCGGGUUGAUUACUAGAUAUGGGGGUUUACCUAAGCACACCUAAAACUGAUAAAACAUCCGACGAUGGUGAGAAUGAGAAACUGAGAUAUGGAGUCUCAUCCAUGCAAGGGUGGCGCACAUCAAUGGAAGAUGCUCAUGCUGCUUUACUUGACUUGGACAACUCCACAUCUUUCUUUGGCGUUUAUGAUGGCCAUGGAGGUCAGGCAGUCUCUAAGUUCUGUGCCAAAUAUCUUCACCAGCAAGUCCUGAAGCAGGAAGCUUAUGCUGCUGGUGAUAUUGGAACUGCUGCCCAGAGAUCUUUUCUCAGAAUGGAUGAGAUGAUGUGUGGACAACGUGGCUGGAGAGAGUUGGCUAUAUUGGGAAAUAAAAUGGAUCAAUUCAGUGGCAUGAUAGAGGGACUAAUUUGGUCACCAAGGGGUAACGAUUUAAAAGGUCUAAAUGAUAAUUGGUCUACUGAGGAGGGACCACAUUCUAAUUAUGAGGGACCCGCAUGUGGCAGCACAGCUUGUGUGGCAAUCAUCCAUAAUAAUCAACUUGUUGUAGCAAAUGCUGGUGACUCUCGUUGUGUCAUAUCCCGCAAGGGUCAGGCUUAUAAUUUAUCAAAAGACCAUAAGCCUGAUCUUGAAGUUGAGAGAGAAAGGAUAUAUAAAGCUGGUGGUUAUAUUCAUUAUGGUCGAGUUAAUGGGAGUCUAAACUUGGCUAGAGCUAUCGGUGAUAUGGAGCUGAAAAAAGAUAAAACACUUCCCCCUGAAAAACAAAUUCUAACUGCAAAUCCUGAUAUAAACACGGUUGAGCUUUGUGAUGAUGAUGAUUUUCUUGUUCUUGCCUGCGAUGGAAUAUGGGACUGCAUGUCAAGCCAGCAACUUGUAGACUUUGUUCAUGAACUACUAAAAACUGAAAGUAAGCUUUCAAGAAACCCCAAUCUCAAUCUGGCCCAUCUACUUCACAUUCACAUCCACCACCCGAUUCAUCUAACGAUCAGGAAGUGCCUGGAUCAGAUUAGCCGGAUACAGUACAGAUUAUUACUGAAUGCUGUUUUGUAUUAG